AUGAGAGGCCAAAUAGCAAUCUCACUCUUGAUUUUAGGACAAGUUCUUAUAGACUGUUCAGCAUUACCACACAAUGAUGGUCUCAUAUCUAAGGUUCUUAGUGCCGUUGAAAAGGAAGCUAAUUUUUUCGCUCGGGAUUUCAGUGAUUUAAAUGUUGAUGGAUUAUAUGGACUCAGAGUUGGAGAAGGUCAAAUAAAGGAAGCAGUGAACUUGUGUCGUGAGAAAAAUUGUGGUGAAGUUUUUACUGAAAGAUUAUUCAGAUUAUUGUCUGUCGUAGCCAAAACCGGGGAAAAUGCCAUGCCUUAUAUCAAAGAGGACGAUCCCGAAUACUUUGAACGAUUUCGAUCCGUCAUUGACAAACCAUAUAUGCUGGAGUAUAAACCGCACCAUUUUGAAAAUUUAGAUGAUGUCAAGCUGGGCACAGAAACACAGUACGAUGAAGAAUUUGGUGAUAUGUGUUAUGCCAGAUUGAUGGGUUCAUACGCCAGCCAAGUACCUAAAUGUAAUGUAACAGAUGAAUGUUGGGAUUUUAUGACCCAAGAAAAUACCAGAGCAUAUUUCAUUACUCAUCAAUUACUAUAUUUUAUAUUGUCCCAACAUUUGGGUUGUAAAAAUGCGUUUGAAAAAUACGAAUCCAGUGAGAAACCAGGAGAGGUAUUGAAUAGAUUCUGUAAACAUAUUUAUAAAGAAUCAACAAAUUUAGAAAACAAUCAACAAGUAGCUGAAAAUCAACAAGAUUUAUUUCUAGAACAAUCCUUGUUAUGUGGAACUCUGGGAUUUGAAGAUUUUGAGAGAAAAGACUGGAUGAACAUGGUGUUAAAAUGGCAGAGAAGUGAUGGAUGUUUUGGUAUGAGCCCAACAAACUACCUCAAAGAUUUAGAAAGAAUUAUCAAAACUUCUGGUGGUCGAAGAAAAUUGUUACGAGAAUCGUCUAUGAAAGAUGGUUGUCUGUCACACAAGUCAGGAUUGGGUUUUGGAGUACUAUCUGUUUAUUUACGAUAUCUUGUUGAAAAGUUAUAA